CGACGACGCGGCCAAGGCUCAGUCCGCAUACGACGACGCUCGCCGCGAGCUCCACACGGCUGACCGCCCGUAUCUCGCGACCCUGGACCCGCCCGACCGCCAGCCAGCCAACCUCUACUCCUGACCUAUUGCAGCGACCAACGCAAUCCCCCCCUCUCUCUCAUCUCUCCUUACCACCAUUAUCACCACCACCGACAACAACUCCUCCUCUCUCAGUUGAUCAUCGCCAUGCGGACAUCGUACCUUGGCACCUUGGCAACCGCCUUGGCUGCUGCUUCAUUCGCAGUAGCCGCCCCAGCUGCUCAGCAUGCUGCGUCAUUCAAGCCCGGUCAGACCCUGUCUACCUACGUCUCGGCCACUGGCGCUGAGCCUGCACCCCUCCAUGCUCAAGAGACCCACCCCACCAUCGAGGGCUCUUACAUGGUCAUCCUCAAAGACGGCGUCUCGACCGUUGACUUCUUUGCGCACCGUGCCAUGAUCACCGCCGCUCAGCAGUCGGCCAAUGCGUUCCAUGCCACCACGGCGGACGACGCUGCCGGCAUCGGCCACAUCUACGAGCUUGAGCAGCACCUCCAGGGUUACGCUGGCAAGUUCACCGAUGACGUCGUCGACUACAUUCGCUCGCUGCCUGAGGUGGCGUACGUCGAGAGGGACUCCGUCGUUAAGACGAUGGAGAUGCCCUACGACGAGUCCAUGAUCUGGGAUACCCCUUACGACGUUUCCGUCGACAACGUCGCCAUCGCUUCUGACCACCAACAGGCUGUUGAGAAGGGUGCUCCCUGGGGUCUUGCUCGUGUCUCGCACCGCAAGGAGCUUGGUCUCGGAUCGUUCUCCAGGUACCUCUACGACGAGGACGCCGGAGAGGGUGUGACCGCAUACAUCAUCGACACCGGUAUCAACAUCAACCACGUCGAGUUCGAGGGUCGUGCUCGUUGGGGCAAGACUAUGCCCGCCGGCUCCACUGACAAGGAUGGCAACGGACACGGCACCCACUGCGCUGGCACCGUCGUCUCUCGCAAGUACGGCGUAGCCAAGAAGGCCGACGUCGUUGCCGUCAAGGUCCUGUCCGACUCUGGCUCUGGCUCCAUGUCCGACGUCACGGGCGGUGUCCUCUGGGCCGUCGAGGACGCCAAGAAGCAGUCUGCCGCCUUUGCUGCCAACCCAUCGUCGACCAAGGCCAAGAAGCACAAGGGCUUCGUCGCUAACAUGUCUCUCGGUGGCGGCAAGUCCCCCACUCUCGACCGCGCUGUAGACGGUGCUACCAAGUCUGGCCUUUCCUUUGCCGUCGCUGCUGGUAAUGAGAACCAGGAUGCAUGCAACACAUCGCCCGCCGGCGCCGAGGGCCCCGUCACUGUGGGUGCCUCGACGAUCAACGACGAGCGUGCCUACUUUUCCAACAAGGGCAAGUGCGUCGACGUCUUCGGCCCUGGCUUGAACAUUCUCUCCACCUGGAACACGGGCAACACCUCGACCAACACCAUCUCGGGCACCUCGAUGGCCUCUCCCCACGUCUGCGGUAUUCUCGCCUACUACCUCAGCCUGCAAGACGAUGGCAGCUCCAAGGCUGCCACGGCUUCCUUUGACGCUGCGUCGAACUCUCUGCUCCGCUUCCUUCCCCUGCAGGAGUCCCUCGCUCUGGCUGCCUACAAGGCCACUCAGUGGCUCUUUGGUACUGGCGCCGUGCUCGAGACUACCAAUGCUUGGAAGGGAUACGCUGCCGGCUUCCCCAUCAUGACGGCCAUCAGCCCCGACUCGCUCAAGACGCUCAUUGAGAAGGUAGCCACCAAGGGGGCCCUCCACCAGCUCGAGAAGGACACUGUCAACCUGCUUGUGUUCAACAACGCGACCCUCACUUAAGUUCGCGGAGUGGCAGUAGAUGGUAGCAGUCAGCUUGGACAUCUAUCAGCAUCAGCAUCCAUCCUCCCCUUCUCUUGCCUCGUCUCUUUUCCCCAUCUAACGAAGCCUCAUUCCCUCAUCUUGUCAAUCACUCCCGUCGUGGCCUACCAAUGAAGUGUAUCUCUCCUUUCCAUCAUAACAAUCAAUUAAAGAGAAGUCGCAGGAAUCGAGCUCGUAUUGCUACAGCGUGGUGCGUACAAAGGCGAGAAGGUGUGG